GAUGAGGAGGGAGCACACAGCACACUCCUUCUCCUCCUCCUGCUCCCGGCUCUCCUCCUCCUCCUCCUCCUGCUCUCGCCGCCGCUGCCGCCGCUGCUGCCGCCGCCGCUGCCGAGGCAGCCGUAGACUUUAGAGCCCCGGUCCAGCGCCAGCCGCCGGCGCCGCGCCCCCGCCCAGAGAGGGGCGCCCCGAGCCCGGGCCCCGCACACCCCCUGCACACAAGCAGCCCCGCACACCACCUGGGGGCCGCCGGCUCGGGUGCUUUGGCUUUUUCUUUUUGAAAGAAAUUACUUUAGUGUGGGUUAAAAAAAAAAAGGGUGGGGGGAAGGGAGAAAAAAAGUAUUUUUUUCCCUUUGCUUAUUUUCGUGGCCCGUUCGCAUCUGCCUCGGAUGGUGGGAGAUUUUUCUUUCCAAGAUCUUUUCAUCGCCUUGCAGGGUCGAUUUCCCCCCCUCGUCCCCCAAACUACAAAAGAGCACGACUCGCUUUGUAAACAAAUCAGUGUUAUUUGUUUUUUUCCGGGGGAGGGGGGGCGGAUUUGUUGAAAAGGAAAAGCGGUAAAGAAAAAAAAAAUCACCCAGACGCUUUUCUUUUUAUUAGUUUUUUUCUAUUCGCAUGAACUAUGUGAAUUUUGAUUGAGGUGGAAAUAGUAACGGAUUUUCUCUUUUUAGUGUAGCUGACGGCUCUUCAAACAUUGUCUUUGGGAUUUUUUUUUUUUUAGCUUUUUUUUCCCUCCUUUCCUUUUUUCUUUUCCCCCCUUUUUUUUUUUUCUUGGAGAUUGGGGGUGGGGGUCGAAGGCUGGGAAAGUUUGGUGCAGCCGCCGCCGCCGCCGCCGCCGUCGUGCAGAGCGCGGAGCCCGGGCAGCCGCGAGCCCCGCGCGCGAGCGCGAGCCGGAGCCGGAGCGAGGAGCGGAGCGCGGAGCGCGGAGCGCGGAGCGAGGGCGCGAGGGAGGCCGAGCGGAGGGCGCGAGGCGCCGCGGCCCGAGGGGCGCGCGGCCACGAGGAAGUGUAGUUUCUUUCAGGGCUGAAUUGAAACAACUUCAGCUGUUUGCUUUUAGGAUGUCUCGCCGCAAGCAAGCGAAACCGAGAUCCCUCAAAGGUGUGGGACUUCUAAAUAUGUCACGAAACCUAGAAGGCUAGUUACCCCAACUGUAAACUUGAAGACAAGACUGAAGAUGGAGAGGCACUAGAUUGUAAGAAGAGGCCGGAAGACGGGGAGGAGUUGGAAGACGAAGCUGUGCACAGCUGUGACAGCUGCCUCCAGGUGUUUGAAUCGCUGAGCGAUAUCACAGAACACAAGAUUAAUCAAUGUCAACUGACAGAAAGGCUGAGAUACAAGGAAUUUGAAAAUAUGCAUUUGAUACUCAACAAGCAUCUCUGACAAGUUGGAAAGUGAAGAGGAGGUUCCUUGACCUAUGGAGUGGAUGUUGAAGAUGAUCCGACUUGCUCUUGGCCAGCUUCCUCACCUUCUAGCAAGGAUCAGACUUCUCCUAGCCAUGGAGAAGGUUGCGAUUUUGGAGAGGAAGAAGGUGGCCCUGGGCUUCCAUACCCAUGUCAAUUCUGUGACAAGUCGUUUAGCCGCCUCAGCUACCUAAAGCACCAUGAGCAGAGUCACAGCGACAAACUGCCUUUCAAAUGCACCUACUGCAGUAGGCUGUUCAAACACAAGCGCAGCCGAGAUCGCCACAUAAAACUCCACACCGGGGACAAGAAGUACCACUGCAGUGAAUGUGAUGCUGCGUUUUCCAGAAGUGAUCACUUGAAGAUCCACUUAAAGACUCACACGUCCAACAAGCCAUAUAAAUGUGCCAUUUGUCGCCGUGGGUUUCUGUCCUCUAGUUCCUUACACGGACACAUGCAGGUUCACGAGAGGAACAAGGACGGCUCUCAGUCCGGUUCCAGGAUGGAGGACUGGAAGAUGAAGGACACUCAGAAGUGCAGUCAGUGUGAGGAAGGCUUUGACUUCCCAGAAGACCUCCAAAAACACAUUGCAGAGUGCCACCCCGAAUGCUCCCCAAACGAGGACCGAGCGGCCCUCCAGUGUGUCUACUGCCACGAGCUCUUCGUCGAGGAGACCUCCCUCAUGAACCACAUGGAGCAGGUGCAUAGCGGGGAGAAGAAGAACUCAUGCAGCAUUUGUUCUGAGAGUUUCCACACAGUUGAGGAACUGUACAGCCACAUGGACAGUCACCAGCAACCGGAGUCAUGCAAUCACAGCAACAGCCCUUCCCUGGUCACGGUGGGCUAUACCUCUGUGUCCAGUACGACUCCAGAUUCCAACCUCUCAGUGGACAGCUCAACCAUGGUGGAAGCUGCCCCGCCAAUCCCAAAGAGUCGAGGGAGGAAGAGGGCCGCUCAACAAACCCCUGACAUGACUGGUCCCUCAAGUAAACAAGCAAAAGUUACCUACAGCUGUAUUUACUGCAACAAACAAUUAUUUUCAAGUCUUGCAGUUCUGCAGAUUCACCUGAAAACUAUGCACUUAGAUAAGCCAGAACAGGCCCAUAUUUGUCAGUAUUGUUUGGAGGUCCUGCCCUCACUCUAUAACCUAAAUGAACAUCUUAAGCAAGUGCAUGAAGCUCAGGACCCAGGUCUGAUUGUUUCUGCCAUGCCUGCCAUUGUCUACCAGUGUAACUUCUGUUCCGAAGUUGUCAACGACCUCAACACUCUUCAGGAACACAUCCGAUGUUCUCAUGGAUUUGCAAACCCUGCAGCUAAAGAUAGUAAUGCAUUCUUUUGUCCCCAUUGCUAUAUGGGGUUUCUCACUGACUCUUCCCUGGAAGAGCAUAUUAGACAGGUUCAUUGUGACCUCAGUGGCUCCCGAUUUGGGUCUCCAGUGCUUGGGACUCCCAAAGAACCAGUAGUAGAAGUCUAUUCUUGUUCCUAUUGUACAAAUUCGCCAAUAUUCAACAGCGUUCUUAAACUGAACAAGCAUAUCAAAGAGAAUCAUAAAAACAUUCCCUUGGCCCUGAAUUAUAUUCACAAUGGGAAGAAAUCCAGGGCCUUAAGCCCCCUAUCUCCUGUGGCCAUAGAGCAGACAUCUCUUAAGAUGAUGCAGGCAGUAGGAGGUGCACCUGCACGUCCAGCUGGAGAAUAUAUCUGUAAUCAGUGUGGUGCUAAGUACACAUCCCUAGACAGCUUUCAGACUCACCUAAAAACUCAUCUUGACACUGUGCUUCCAAAAUUGACCUGUCCUCAGUGCAACAAGGAAUUCCCCAACCAAGAAUCCUUGCUGAAGCAUGUUACCAUUCACUUUAUGAUCACCUCAACGUAUUACAUCUGUGAGAGUUGUGACAAGCAAUUCACAUCAGUGGAUGACCUUCAGAAACACCUGCUGGACAUGCACACCUUUGUCUUCUUUCGCUGCACCCUCUGCCAGGAAGUUUUUGACUCAAAAGUCUCCAUUCAGCUCCACUUGGCUGUGAAGCACAGUAACGAAAAGAAAGUCUAUAGGUGCACAUCUUGCAACUGGGACUUCCGCAACGAAACUGACUUGCAGCUCCAUGUGAAACACAACCACCUGGAAAACCAAGGGAAAGUACAUAAGUGCAUUUUCUGCGGUGAGUCCUUUGGCACCGAGGUGGAGCUGCAAUGCCACAUCACCACUCACAGUAAGAAGUACAACUGCAAGUUCUGUAGCAAAGCCUUCCAUGCGAUCAUUUUGUUAGAAAAACACUUGCGAGAAAAACAUUGUGUAUUCGAAACCAAGACACCCAACUGUGGAACAAAUGGAGCUUCCGAGCAAGUGCAGAAAGAGGAAGUGGAGCUGCAGACUUUGCUGACCAACAGCCAGGAGUCCCACAACAGUCACGAUGGGAGCGAAGAAGACGUUGACACCUCUGAGCCUAUGUACGGCUGCGACAUUUGUGGGGCAGCCUACACUAUGGAAACUUUGCUGCAGAAUCACCAGCUCCGAGACCACAACAUCAGACCUGGAGAAAGUGCCAUCGUGAAAAAGAAAGCUGAGCUCAUUAAAGGGAAUUACAAGUGCAACGUGUGCUCUCGAACCUUCUUCUCCGAAAAUGGCCUCCGUGAACAUAUGCAGACCCACCUAGGCCCUGUCAAACACUACAUGUGCCCUAUUUGUGGAGAGCGGUUUCCCUCCCUUUUAACUCUUACUGAACACAAAGUCACGCAUAGUAAGAGUCUUGAUACUGGAAACUGCCGGAUUUGCAAGAUGCCUCUCCAGAGUGAAGAGGAGUUUUUAGAGCAUUGCCAAAUGCACCCUGACUUGAGGAAUUCCCUGACGGGCUUUCGCUGCGUGGUGUGCAUGCAGACAGUGACCUCAACAUUGGAACUCAAAAUCCAUGGGACAUUCCACAUGCAAAAGACAGGGAAUGGGUCUGCAGUUCAGACCACAGGGCGGGGCCAGCACGUCCAAAAACUGUACAAGUGCGCAUCUUGCCUCAAAGAAUUCCGUUCCAAGCAAGAUCUGGUGAAACUUGACAUCAAUGGCCUGCCAUAUGGUCUGUGUGCCGGCUGCGUGAAUCUCAGUAAGAGCGCCAGCCCAGGCAUUAACGUCCCUCCCGGCGCGAAUAGACCAGGCUUGGGCCAGAAUGAGAAUCUGAGUGCCGUUGAGGGGAAAGGCAAGAUGGGGGGACUGAAGACGCGCUGCUCUAGCUGCAACGUUAAGUUUGAGUCUGAAAGUGAACUCCAGAACCACAUCCAAACCAUCCACCGAGAGCUCGUGCCAGACAGCAACAGCACGCAGUUGAAAACGCCCCAAGUAUCACCAAUGCCCAGAAUCAGUCCCUCCCAGUCGGAUGAGAAGAAGACCUAUCAAUGCAUCAAGUGUCAGAUGGUUUUCUACAAUGAAUGGGAUAUUCAGGUUCAUGUUGCAAAUCACAUGAUUGAUGAAGGACUGAACCAUGAAUGCAAACUCUGCAGCCAGACCUUUGACUCUCCUGCCAAACUCCAGUGCCACCUGAUAGAGCACAGCUUCGAAGGGAUGGGAGGCACCUUCAAGUGUCCAGUCUGCUUUACAGUAUUUGUUCAAGCAAACAAGUUGCAGCAGCAUAUUUUCUCUGCCCAUGGACAAGAAGACAAGAUCUAUGACUGUACACAAUGUCCACAGAAGUUUUUCUUCCAAACAGAGCUUCAGAAUACGGAGACGAACAUACACUCAUUUCUCAGGAUGGGAAAUUCUUCAAGAAAACAUCAACUAAGUCUAAGAAAAAUCCCUCUGAGGGGAAUCACCUCUUUUUGGCUUUAAAAUACCUAGAUCCAAAGUAACGGUGAGAUGUGGGAGCAGAAUGCAGGAUAGAAGAUCAGAGGAUGGCUUUAUUGUGAGCAAUAUCUUCUCAGAAACUGGAAAGCCCCAUUCCAAAAUGACCUUCAUCCCAAGGAACCUACCAGAGUCCUGUCCAUCUCUGUUCCAUGAACAAAGAGCUCUUGCUCAAGGGCUGCAGACAGACUGAGGGUGAUGCGCUGUGCCAUGUGAGACUUGGCCGUUCUUCAACUCAUCUGGUUGAUUCAGACCACAACAUCCACAUGGGGAUGUGGAUGUUUAAAGAUCUCUCCUCAUCUAAUGAUCUAAUAAUGUUGCUAUCACCAAGGUAUAGCCAAAAAGUCAAGGUCACCUGGGAGGGGCAAACACAUUUUUCCUCUCCCGAGUAUGAACAGCACUGGCUUCUCUCCCUCUCUGCUUUCUUUUUCUGAGUCAGUGGAAGAGUCUAGUCCCAAAGCCUUUGCUUCCCUGAGGCUCUUACAUCAUUCAAUAUGGUAGCCACUAGCUAUUUAAAGAUGUGGCUAUUUAAAUUAAGCAAAAUAAAAAAUUGAGUUCCUCAGUCUCACUAGGAACAUUUCAUGUCUUUGGUUGCCACAUGAGGUCCAUGGCUUCCAUAUGGAAUGGCACAAAUACAGAACAGUCUCCUCAUCGUUCAGAGUUCUAUUGGCAGUCCUACCAUUCUAACCUAUCCCCUCCCCGCUACUUUCACCCCCUUGAUGUACAGAGGUCCCUCUUUCUCUAGUUCCAAUAUAUUCCUUCCCUCUGCAUACUUUCCUUCUGUUUUCAAAUGUGUGCAGAUUUCUUCACUUCUUUAAAAAAAAAAUCUUUUUGCUUGACCCUGAAGCUUCUUCUUUAAAGGACUGUUUUAUUUAUUUCCUUCAUUUUCUACCAAAUUUCUCAGAUUUGUGGUCUUCCCCACAUCCUCCAUUUCCUGACCACUGACUCACUCCCGACUCACCUGCAGGCUGGCUUCCAUCAAUCAGCAAUAUCCUCUUCCUGAAAAUGCAUUGGCUAAGGUCACCAGUAGCCACCCAGUCUUUGUUUUUUUGUUUUGUUUUGUUUUUUUCCUUUCCCAGUUCUUCUUCUCCUCUUUCAAUCAUUUAGUCCAUCAGACACCAACUCCCAUGUUCUUACUUGGCAAUAUUUCUAUGUUUAUUCUUUCCUUUCCAUUUCCAAUGAUAAGACCUUAGGGGCACCCUUAUCAUUUACCUGCCUCUGGUCUUUCUCCCCUUAUCCCCCUUGUGUAUGGCCACCAUGUAUCUUUAUAAAACAUUUAUUUCACAUCAUUUGCUCAUUUAAUAAAUACCUAUGACUCCCAGAGUAAUGUAGUGAAAAAGGAUGCAGUUUAAAUGAAGUUUGGAUCUUUUCCUGCCACUUAGUAUGUAGCCUAGACCAACUUACUUUGCUUUUUCUAAGGCCCCUUUUCCCUUCUUUAAUUUGAGGAUAAGUAUACUUAUAAAUUAUUGUAGGAUUUUGCUGAUAAUAUCAUCAGUGUCUAGAAAUACCUGAAACAUAUUAGAUGACCUAUAUAGAAAAGUUUUUAACUAUUAUUGUCUUUAUUUAACCCAAACUCUUUUUCUGUCCAUUUUAGAAUCACUGCCUUUUCUCUAUUGUAACCUCUUACCCCUCUGAUUCCUCUGUACCACUCCCUUGUAAUCUUUCUAAAAACCACACUUUUUAUCAUGUCUCCUACCUAUGAGAGCCUGGAAUAAUGGUCUUCAUCUUCCACCAAAAGUUGAAUAUUCCUUUGACUUUCCAGAAUGUCUUAACUUUGUCCAACUCUGUACACCAUUCUUAUACCUUAUCCUGCUUCAGUCUAUUUAAGCCAAUCAAGCCCCAUCAUCAUGCUCCCUCAUCCUCCCUUGCACAUCUAAUUCAUUCCUUUUUUUAUUGUUCACUUCUAUCGAUUCCCACUCUGUGCAAAACUCUUCCUUCCUCCUCUCCAGUUACCCAGUCCCGCUCAGUCUUCUGGUCCCAGAAAAAGCCCCUCUUCCUUCAUAAAAUCUAAUUUCUCUGAAUGCCUGUUGCACUUAAAACCUAGCUUAACAAUUCAUGAUUUUCUUCAAAACUAGUUUGUCUGCAAUGAAACAAAACUAAUUUAUCCUCAAACUGGAUUACAACUUUUUCAAGGAUGAGGAAUCUGCUCUCUAUUUGAUUUUAUUUUUUAAACUAUCCUUGGUGAUUUUACCUAAUAGAAGUUCAAUAAAGCACACAUUGUUCAAUUACUA